GCCCUGUUAGUGUUACUGUUUUGGAAUAAGAGGAUUGCUGUUUUGUGGCAUCUGUUUGCGAGUGGGUGUUUGUGUCGCAAGAUCUGGCAACCCUGGACAGUCACAGCCGGUGAUUGUUGCCUCGUCGGUUCCUCGUUCAGCUGAACCUCCGCAGAAGAUCUUUCUGUGUAGCCGCCGCCGGUUAGCAUCAUGGCGAACGUUGUGGACACUAAGCUAUACGACAUCCUCGGGGUUUCACCGUCUGCCUCUGAAAAUGAACUAAAAAAGGCCUACCGCAAAUUGGCCAAAGAGUACCAUCCUGACAAGAACCCAGAUGCUGGAGACAAGUUUAAAGAGAUCAGUUUUGCAUAUGAGGUACUGACAAAUCCAGAAAAGAAGGAGCUUUAUGAUCGCUAUGGAGAACAGGGGCUACGGGAGGGAGGAGGCGGCGGGCCUGGCAUGGAUGAUAUCUUCUCUCAUAUUUUUGGCGGAGGACUGUUUGGGUUCAUGGGGGGACAGGGCAGAGGACGCAAUGGAGGCAGGAGGAGAGGAGAUGAUAUGGUACACCCCUUGAAAGUUUCUCUUGAAGACCUCUACAAUGGCAAAACCACCAAACUGCAGCUCAGUAAGAAUGUGCUCUGUGCUGCCUGUAAUGGUCAGGGGGGUAAGGCAGGAGCAGUGCAGAAGUGUGUGGCAUGCAGAGGACGAGGUAUGAGAAUCAUGAUUAGACAGCUGGCCCCUGGGAUGGUUCAACAGAUGCAGUCAGUCUGCACAGACUGCAAUGGAGAGGGUGAGGUGAUAAAUGAGAAGGACCGCUGCAGAAAGUGUGAGGGUCAUAAGGUGAGUAAGGAGACUAAGCUUCUGGAGGUGCAUGUGGACAAAGGCAUGAGACAUGGACAGAAGAUCACAUUCACUGGGGAAGCUGACCAAGCACCAGGCAUCGAACCAGGAGAUAUAGUGCUUGUGCUGCAAGAGAAAGAACAUGAGGAAUUCCGCCGUGAUGGCAGUGACCUUCACAUGGUCCAACGUAUCGGCCUGGUUGAGGCUCUGUGUGGCUUCCAGAUGACGGUUGCACACCUUGAUGGACGUCAGUUGCUUGUCAAAUAUCCACCUGGCAAGGUCAUCGAGCCAGGUUCUAUUCGAAUGGUGAAGGGAGAGGGAAUGCCUCAGUACAGAAACCCAUUUGAGAAGGGAGACCUUUAUGUCAAGUUUGACGUCCAGUUUCCUGAAAACAACUGGAUUAGCCCCGAAAAACUGAAUGAACUCGAGUGCUUGCUUCCUGCUCGUGCUGAGAAUCCUGUUAUUGCAGCCGACGCAGAGGAAGUUGACCUGACAGAAUUUGACAAGAGUCAAGGGUCAGGUAGUGGAGCCAGGAGAGAGGCCUACAAUGAUAGUUCUGAUGAGGAAGGGGGCCAUCAUGGCCCAGGGGUGCAGUGCGCACACCAAUAGAAAGACUCAUACAUUAAGACAUGUACACACAUAAACGCAUAAAUACAUGAACAUCCCUUGAGUCCCAUUGCUAACACCAUUCAAGACUUGACGCACAUACAUGCAGAUUUCUCUCCUUUCAUGAUUCGCAUGAAAAAGAGAUAUACACAAAUACAUAUACACGUUAAUCCACCCUCCUCAGUUCCAUGGUGCCCCUAAGUCAUAGAAAUACUGGACGUUUGAUGACCAUUUUGUGUUUAUGGACAGUAGUGCUCAUCAAAGCCUCCAGCAAGAAGGUUUGCUGAAUGAACUUAACUCGGACCGCCCUGUUUUCAUCCUAGGCUUUUACCUUUCACUGUGGGGAAACGGCCGUCUAGUGUAUAAAAUGCAAAUAUUGUUGACUAUCUUGUAUAAGGUGUAGUUUAGUCUAUCACACACACGCGCAUGCUGCUUUCUUGCUGAAGAUCUUGCACAUGUAGAUCCAGGGUCCGGACAGGACACUACAGAGAAAUCUGACACCACACCCGUUUAAAUUUCAGUGUGUCACUGCUAUCGAAGUGCCCUGCUUUCAUAAGAGCUGGCCAGAUUACAGCCCUAAAAGUGUGUCCUCUGCACAGCCUGCUGAGAAUCGCACGUUUAAUCCACCUCAUCCUCUAAGGCGAACCGUCGUGUUUUGAAAAUGGGACUUUUUCUGUUUAGUCCCCAGUUGGCCCAUUGCUGAAAUUAUAAAGCCUUGAGUAAAGCACCUGUCAGCCAGGCGCCAUAUUUUCUUAGUUUGGAAUUCAAACUGGUUUGUCUUUGUUGAUUUGAAUGUUAGUGUGUUCGAGACCACAGAACUUGAACCUAAGUUGUGUUCAUUUGAUUUGAGGACACACUUGUGUACUUUGUAUGUGUGUAAUGCAGUGGCUCAGUGUGUGUGAGCUGCUGUAGAAUGUCCUGGCUUAUUAGAGUGAAAGGUAUUCCUGCUUUGUGUUGGACUGCGGUGUAACUGGACAAUUUAAGAGGAAAAAACAAUGUUUAUUUGCUGAGAAUCUCUCCCAUGUAGACAUUUCCCUCUACUAACCAGGACUGAGAUAUCCUCCUCUCCUGCAGGAAAACCACUGGGCCCACACCAAACUUCUGUAUUAUACAUAUCUCCCCAUCGUAGAGUUGUUAGACAAACUUAUAUACUUUGACAUGUUACAAUAUUCCCAUCACCAUAGACCUGUAAAUAAAUAUAGCCCCAGUCCAUAGGUGCAAUCAAAGUCUACAGCAGUGUCCUUCGUCUCCUCGCAUUAUUUCUUACACAAGUAUUGGCCAACAGUGUCAAUAUAAAUGUUAUGUUCACAUGAAGGAAAGUUGAUGGAACCUCUGUAGACUUGUGACAUGCACCUCUGUGACUCAUUGUGUAUGUAAUUUAGGCCACGGGGAUAAUGUGUACACAACUAAAGGGGGUCAUUGAUAAAUGACAUUACUGUCAAUGCUUAUGUUUGUCAAUAUGGUAAUUAACUGUAUAAUAAACAGUAACUUCAAAUUUGA